ACUAGGAAGCGCGCGCCCGCGCCGCCGCCGCCGCCGCCGCCGAAUCCCCAACAAGGAGCGAAGCCCGCGGCCGCAGCCGCCGCCCGCCGCCGCCGCAGCUCCCGACGCCGCCGCCCCCGCUGGGCGCCUGAGCAGGCCCGGCGCGGCCCCAGGACUUGGGACCCUGGAGGACUGACGCUGCUGGCCUGGGCGUCUCCUCCUGCUGAGCCAUGGCGACCCCCGACGUGAGCGUGCACAUGGAGGAGGUGGUGGUGGUGACAACUCCGGACACUGCGGUGGAUGGCAGUGGUGUGGAGGGGGUGAAGACCGUGUUGGUGACGACCAAUUUGGCCCCUCAUGGGGCUGACCUGACAGAAGAUAACAUGGAGACAGAAAAUGCAGCGGCGGCAGCUGCUGCUGCCUUUACAGCCUCCUCCCAGCUCAAGGAAGCCGUGUUAGUGAAGAUGGCUGAAGAGGGGGAGAACUUGGAGGCUGAGAUUGUGUACCCUAUCACCUGUGGGGACAGCAGAGCCAACCUCAUCUGGAGGAAGUUUGUGUGUCCUGGCAUCAAUGUGAAAUGUGUUCAGUAUGACGAGCAUGUGAUCAGCCCAAAGGAGUUCGUGCACCUGGCCGGGAAGUCCACCCUGAAGGACUGGAAGAGAGCCAUCCGCAUGAAUGGCAUCAUGCUCAGGAAGAUCAUGGACUCCGGGGAACUGGACUUCUACCAGCAUGACAAGGUCUGCUCCAACACCUGCCGCAGCACCAAGAUCGACCUCUCAGGAGCCCGAGUGUCCCUGAGCAGCCCCACGUCAGCCGAGUACAUCCCCCUCACACCCGCUGCGGCCGACGUGAAUGGGUCUCCUGCGACCAUCACCAUAGAGACCUGUGAAGACCCUGGUGACUGGACUGCUGCCAUCGGAGAUGAUACAUUUACCUUCUGGCGGGGGCUGAAGGAUGCUGGCCUGCUAGACGAGGUCAUCCAGGAGUUCCACCAGGAGCUGAUGGAGACCAUGAGAGGCCUGCAGCAGCGGGUCCAGGACCCUCCCCUGCAGCUUCGAGAUGCCGUACUCCUCAACAACAUUGUGCAGAACUUCGGCAUGCUGGACCUGGUGAAGAAGGUGCUGGCCAGCCACAAGUGCCAGAUGGACCGCUCGAGGGAGCAGUAUGCCCGGGACCUGGCAGCCCUGGAACAGCAGUGUGAUGAGCAUCGCCGCCGGGCCAAGGAGCUCAAGCACAAGUCCCAGCACCUCAGCAACGUGCUCAUGACGCUGACGCCAGUCACCCUGCCGCCGCCUGUGAAGCGGCCCCGGCUUGCGCGGGCCACGUCGGGACCGGCCUCCAUGGCCUCGCAGGUGCUCACCCAGUCUGCCCAGCUGGCGCUCGGCCCGGGCAUGACCGUCCCUCAGCUGACCAGCGUGCCCCUCGGUAAAGUGGUGUCCACGCUGCCAUCCACUGCCCUGGGCAAGGGUUCCCUUCAGGCUCCUCCCGCCAGCUCCCCAGCCUCCCCGCUGCUCGGGGGCUACACAGUCUUAGCCUCCUCGGGCUCCACCUACCCGAGCACAGUGGAGAUCCACCCGGACGCGUCCAGCCUCACGGUUCUGAGCACGGCCGCCGUGCAGGACGGCAGCACGGUGUUCAAGGUGGUCAGCCCGCUGCAGCUGCUUACCUUGCCCGGCCUGGGCCCCACCCUGCAGAACGUGGCCCAGGCCUCGCCGGGCGCGAGCACAAUUGUGACAGUACCCACAGGGGCCGCCCCUGGGCCUGAGGAGCACACGGCCACCAUCGAGGUGGCUGCCAUGGCAGAGGACCAUGAGCGGAAGUAGCCGAUGGUAGGGCAAGGUCCCUGGGACGGAUAGGGCUGGCUACCUCUCAGCCGCGGCAGCAGGGAGUGGCAGAGGCCUCAGGGCUGGCUCGGGCAGGUGGGUCACGUGGGCUGCAGAACCAAAGAGAGGAAUCGCCAAAACAAAUCACGAGAAGAGAGAAGGGGACAGAACGGCGAGAGCAACCUGGAAAAUUGGCCUUCAGGUCCCACGUUUCCUCCCCCUUUUUUCUUGGGAAAUAUAUUUUUCCAUCUGUUGCUUAUUAAUACUGUUUACACAUUGGGCCUUGAUCAGGAGCCAGGUGGGCAGGGACAAGGGGGAGCCUGGGUGCGGCCGGGGCAGAGGAAGCAGAGCCAGGGUGGAGCGAGGCGACCCUGCAGGUGCUGGAGGUGGUGCAGCAGGUCACGAGGUCCCUGUGUCUGCUCCCAGCCAGGCCCCUGGGGACGUUACUAACACAUGACUUGGGAACUGUGCCCAAGUGUGAAACCUAUAGAUCCUAUGGAUUUGCUUUCUUCCCACAGUUUUCUGUAGGUUUAGUGUGGCUGGCAUCCUGUUCCCCUGCCUGUGUGGGAACACGCACCCAGAGCUCAGGUGCAGAUCCCAGGCGGGUACCCGCCUCCCCCGCCCCCCACCGGUGCUCAGGAGGCCUGGGGGCUGCAGACGAGGCGUGGUCCAGGCAUUGUUGCACAUGUACUGAGGGUGUGUUUAAGUGAAUUGCUUAGUAGGCUUCUAGGAAGAGUCAGAUUUAAAGCAUUUUCAACCAAAACCAUGCUGAGUGCCUAGGCUUCCCGAGUCAGCUCUGGGGGUGGCCCCUGAGCACUGUGAGUGCACCUGACUGGGUGCAAGGUCCUAGGCAGCCCCUCCCUGAGCCAGCCCCUCCCAGGGGUCUGAGAUCCGUGAGGCGUGUCCCUAGGGCUUCCUUCCUGGGCAGGGGCGUAAACAACCAGUCACUAUAGAGGUGGAGGAUUCGUGUCAGGGGCCUUCAGCUUGGGCUGCUUGGCCACAGGACAGCCCUUGGCUCCCCGGCCCCCUGUCCCCAUGCAGUCCCAGUCUGGCCCUCGGUGGUCUCUGUCCAAGGGAGAGCCCCUGGGUGUUUAGGAGGCUGCCUGGGGUGGGCUGGUCAGGGUACCUGCCGAAGGCGGAGCCCAGAGCGUGUCUGGAGGGACUGUCUGUGGCUGUCCGCAGACCUGGCCUUGGACUCAAGGAAGACCAGACUGAGGCCCCUCCUGGCCAGGGCCGCUGGGGCAGACGUCUCAGGGAGCAUUCGGCUCAGGCCUCUUGCUGCCUCUGGCAGGACGUGUCCCGGGAGGACCCUGAGGGCCAGAUGCCCCUGGAUGCUCCUGCUGAUUCUGUCGGCAGCUGAAGGCCCAUCUGAGGCCCCAAAUGCGAGGGUCCCAUGUCCCACUUCACUGCUCUGAAGGGAACUGGCUGUUCGUCCAGCGAGCGGCCCAGACCCCACCUCUGCGCUGUAUUACCAGGACCUGUCCUGCCUGUCCCCACCCAUGUCAAGCUACUGAGGCUGCGUCUUAUUUGUUCCUUCUGUUACAUUUCGUUUGCUGUUGUCAUAGGCAGCUGGUUUGGGCGUGACGUUUACCUUUAUGUACAUACUCCAUUCCAAGACUCAUUUCUGCUCUAGCUGAGUCCUGCUCCAUGCAGCAGUAGGACCCUGUGGGCGCCAGGAGGGCCCUGCAGCCCCACCCCACCAGCCCAGACUCUGGAACUAAUACAGCUGCCUGUGACCCCGGGGCCUGUGACCCUCCAGCGGCAUUCCUUUGUCAAGGUCACAAGCCCAUCUGCCUUUCCAGCCCUUGCUGAAUGCAACUUUCAGUGGGUUGUAGGUUCCUUUCCUUUCUCUUUAACAACAAGGUUGGGACCUUUUCUGCCCCUGCCCCGUUAGCUACUGAGGCAUUGGGAGAGGAAGUUAAUUUCAGAGCCAUACAAAAAUAAGCCACAACCAUCUUUAAUUCCCAAUCCCCCAUUCCACCAGUGCUGGGAGCCCAUUCCUAAUGCUUCCCAAGGCCCUUGGGGACGUCUGCUGCCCACCCAGUUGCUCGUGGCAGGGGCUCCAAGCCACGGAGUGGGGAAGGGCCCUGGAGAAGCCCCCAUGCUCAAGGGAACCGCCCUGCAGUGGGCAGCGGAGGUUUGGUCAGCACCGCCCCUGGCUCCUCCAGGUCCUGCGGGCUCCUCAGGGGCAUGGUUUUCUGGACGUCCCAGUUCUGCGCCUUGGGGCUGGCCAGUACUCAGUGAGGAAGAACUUCUCAUCCACUUACAGAACACGGGUUUUCAUGGCUGCCUUUGGUUUGGUUUUCUGAGAAGAUAGGAUUGGAUUGGAUUUUGCAGAGGGCAAGAACUUCUCUCUGUGCCUGCUCAGGCACCCCGGGGAAGGGCCAUGUUUGAGUUUUGCUUUGUAUGUUGUUUUGCAAGUAUCUGCCUGGUACUUUGAUUUAAAAUAAAAACAUUUUUC